UGAAUAACAUUGAAAGAGUUUUCAUCGAAAUAAUAUGGUCAUACAGAAGGAAUUUUUUGUGGACAUAAAUCUGCCUAUAAUCACUACAAAAAAACCAUCGCUUUUUGAAUUUUUAAAUACAAGAAUGAGCGAAAUUCAAAAGUUAAUUGGAUGUUGUUUGGGUAUAUUUAUUUGUUACUUUUAUUAUGGAAUACUACAGGAAAAAAUAACGCGUGUACCAUAUGGUGGGAAGCAAGAAAAAUUCACAUAUCAACAAACUUUAGUGUUUGUACAGUGUGUUGUGAAUGCGAUAUUUGCCAAAACAAUUAUUAAAGCAACUCACAGAUCAUUUGAAGACAAAACACCGACACUUAUGUACAUUUGGUGUGCAAUGUCGUAUAUGGGGGCUAUGCUGGCUAGUAACAUGUCUCUUCGAUAUGUAAAUUAUCCAACACAGGUACUUGGAAAGUCUUGCAAGCCUAUUCCAGUGAUGAUACUUGGUGUACUGUUAGCACGAAAAAAAUAUCCUCUUAUAAAGUAUUUAUGUGUUUUGAUGAUAGUUGCUGGUGUUGCUUUAUUUUUCUUCAAGGAGAAAAAAGGAUCAACAGUGGAAUCAACUGGGUUUGGAGAACUACUUUUGGUGGUAUCACUGGCAUUGGACGGAAUGACAGGUGCAAGCCAGGAAAGAAUGCGUGUAGAGUACAAGACACAAGCGCAUGCAAUGAUGUAUUCCGUUAAUAAAUGGUCCUUGUUUUUAUUAGGCACAGCCAUCAUUUUUACUGGAGAACUGUUUCAAUUCGUGGCUUUUUGUGGUCGGUACCCAUACGUGUUAUGGAACAUGUUGUUGUUUUCUGUGGCAAGUGCGUUAGGCCAGAAUUUCAUCUUCACUACCGUCACAAACUUCGGUCCGCUCACUUGUUCCGUUGUGACGACAACACGAAAACUUUUCACAAUAUUAUUUUCUAUUCUUUUCUUUGGUAAUCCGAUAACAACUCAACAAUCUUUUGCUGUUGGUUUGGUAUUUGUGGGACUUGGACUAGACGCCAUAUAUGGAAAAAACAGGAAAAGUUAACGGUUCGCGAAAUGUUCAUAGCGUUUUUAAAAUUAGAAAUAUGCAAAAUAUUUAGCACAAACUUCAAACAACAUAACCUUUUGGUAAUAUAUAUUCGAUAUAUUAAAUAAUUUUUUGUUUAAAUUUUUAUGGUUUGUUAAUAAUAACACGUUUAUAUUUAUUAUCCAUAAGAAAUUAAAGCAAAACAAGCGUGCAGAAUAUGAUUUUAUGUUAUAAUCUAAUAAAUCCCUUACGAGUUUGAAGUUAUAAGAUUCGUUGUUAAUUAAACUUCCAGUGACGGGUUUUUCAACAAAAAACCUUUUUAUACUAGAAUUCAAAACUUUUUUACGUAAAAGGUUUAAAAUUCUUCAAAAAUUUUGUAAUCUCAAUGAAAAAGUUCGCAGUCUUUUGUUUUGCAAUUCGGAUCAUUUUCUGGACCCGUAAUUAUUUGAUUGAGGUUAUCAAAUUUUACUGGUACUGUUGUAACAUGAGUUAGUUAAUACUACUAUACGUAUUUUUGUUGGAGGCGUGAUAACAAGUAACAACCUCAAUUUCAGGAUCUGGCGACUGGAAAAGUAUUACAGGCCUUGAUUAGCUUUUUUUAAAGAGUAGUACAACUAGUAAUAAAAAAAUAAUUUCACUUUAUCCAUAUCCAAGAAUACUUAAUAGCUAUGUGAAGGAAAAUAAACAUUGGAUAUAAAGUGUAUGAACAUUUUCUAUAAUACUUUUCAAAAACCGAUAUUUAA